AUGACAGAUCAAUCAAAUCGAUUUAUCGUUGAAGAUGCUCUUGAUGAUGAUAAUAGUGUGGUUAGAUUGUCAUCGGAAACAAUGGAAAAGUUACAAUUAUUUUGCGGUGAUGCUGCGAAAUUCAAAGGAAGAAAACGACGACAAACAGUUUCAUUGGUAUUAUCGGACGAUUCAUGCCAACACGAUCGUAUACGAAUGAAUAAAGUCAUGCAGCAUAAUCUACGAGUUCAAUCAGGUGAUAUUGUUACAUUUCAAGAAUGUCAACAUGUUAAUUAUGGUAAACGUGUUUAUAUUUUGCCAUAUGCUGAUCUUCUAAGUGAUAUUACUGAUGAUAUGUUAAACGAGCAUUUACAAUCUUAUUUUCGUGAUGCUUAUCGACCAGUUUACAUUGGCGAUACAUUCAAUCGUCAAAUAGGAACGAAUACAGUAGAAUUUAAAGUUAUAGAAACAGAUCCAAAUCCGUACUGUAUCGUCGCACCAGAAACAGUCAUUGACUACAAAGGUGAACCAAUCAGUCGAAUCGAAGAACAAUACUCCAGCAAUGAAGUUGAUUUUCUUGAUGUUGCUGGUUAUGACGAUAUCAAAAAGUGUUUACAAGAAAGUGUUCAGGGGAUUUUAAACUUUCAAAAUACCAACCACAAAUUUCUUACAUUCGGUCUACGAUUUCCAACGGGUAUUCUUCUAUAUGGCCCACCUGGCUGUGGUAAAACAAUGUUAGCCAAAGCACUUGCUAAUGAAUGUGAUAUAAACUUGUUGGUGCUCAAAGGGCUUGAGUUAGUUGCUACGCGAUGGGAUACUGCCGAAGUUAAUCUUCGUGCAGCAUUCGAUAAAGCUCGUCAGACUGCUCCGUGCAUACUCCUUAUCGACGAACUUGAUUAUGUGUUUGAAAACCAGACAAUGGAUCAUAUUACCAAUCAGUUGUUGACGGAGAUCGAUGGACUCACUCCUCAGUCACAAGUCAUUCUAAUUGCGACAACAAAUCGGCCUGAGUUGUUUCACCAAACAUUUCUUCGACCCGGUCGUUUGGAUGAGAAAGUGUUUGUUCCACUUCCUGAUCAAAAAGCUCGAGAAACUAUCAUCAAUAUCACAUUGAAAAGUUAUUCUGAAAUGACAGGUGCUGAUAUAAUAUCUAUAGCCCAAGCCUUACAAGGAGCUACAGGCGCUGAUGUUGUCGAAUUUUGUCAAAGAGCAUGUAAAAUAGCUAUUCGAGAAAUGGUUGAAAACGAGUCACAGAAGGAGCGAUUGAAUCCAGAUAUUCACUCAGAUGUUUGCAUCCGAAGAGAUCAUUUUGAACAAAUAUGGCGAACUCUGCCCCGUCUGUGUCUGUCCAAUGAUGAAUAUAAAAAAUACGAAGUUUUUACUCAAAAAUGGCAGCCAUUUGAGAGAUUCAAUUUCCUAUUUCCGAAAUCUGCUGACAAUCCUGAAGGUAAACAAGCAUCGAAAACUUACGCCGAUGAUGACGAUCUAUAUGGAUAA